AUGGGCACAGUGUCGCCAAGUCCUGGCCCUGCACUCACAAAUGUCGUCGUCAUCGCCGGGAAAGACUUGCAGUUCAGCAAGAACAAGAAGAAUGCUCUGGAUUUCACGACCUCGAUCGCAGAGUGCUGCGGGAAUAUCAUGUUGGUAUCCAGUAACAAGGAUGGCCCUCGGCGUCCUAGGUCGAUCUCCAAAGGUUAA